AUGUCACUGUUGAACUACUGGGACACGCAGCGCCCCACGAAACGCCGGCGAACCUUCGAGACUCCGAAAGCUAGCGAUGCAGAGACAGAGAUCAAACCGCCGCCGAAACCGAGUCCAAGUCCUGCAGUGGGGCAGACGCCCGCUCCAGACGAUCUGGGAUACUUACCCAGUAGCCAGACGGAACUUGAGACUUCGCUUCCUGCGAUCAAAGUUGACGAGCACGCGAUUGAGGAGUACGAGGCUUCGAGACAUGAGGCUGAAUUGGGAUUACAUGGGAGGCUGAGAGAUGGGGUCUGGCAGAAAGGCAAAAGCUCUAUCUAUGUGGAUGCUUUUAAUCUGGCGCUGGAAACUGUGCUGGAUGAGGAAUCACAUCUGUUCGACGAGGCGGAAAUGGACAUCUUUAGGCAGUGGCGGGAGCUGUCUUAUGAAUCACAGUAUUUGUAUGUUAGACUGUUCCUCCGCAAGACAUCUGCCUGGCACCGUAUCAACAAAUUGAACUACUACUCCGAUAUCUCGGAUCUGGACUCGGUGACGGAGGAUCUGCAACGGAAACGCAGCCUGCCUGAUUCAGAACUCGGAAAUAUCUUCAGAUUCGCAGAUGGGAUAGAAGAGAUCACAACGCUGGAAGAGGCUUCAUCACUUCUAUUACUCGACGAACUCAAGGUCUUCGCAAAGGACGCCAAAGUCCAGGGCAAGAGCAAGAAAGAGCUGCUGGCAGCUCUGCGCGAGGCAAGCCAGACCCAGAAAGGACUCAAAGACACAAACAACAGAGACAGCCAUUUCACCCAGAAGAUACUCGACUACACGGGCCCAUGUAUCCGCAUCGCAUCUGUACCUCGAGUCCUCUUCGAGCGAGUACACCUAGUCUUCUACCGCUCAACCGAGUGGACGGAAAACUCCCUCACGACAAUCAUCCUGGCUAAAAUGUCCAAGAAGAAAUUCCCCGGGUACAUCGUCUGCCGCUCGAACUCCAUCUUCGCAUCCCGAGAAGCAUUACUGGAAUUCGAGUCCGCGAUCCAAACCCAAUUCGAAAUAGACAACAUCCUCGAAUCCAACGGCCCGCCCACUACAGCCUCCCUCCAACAUAUCAUCGACCUAGCGAACAAAUGCCACCCAAGAUGGCGAGAACUAGUGGAACAAGAACAAACAAAAGAAGACAGCAUCUACGAAAGCGGCGAAGGAGCCUAUCUCCGCCGCUUCUCGCCAGCUUGGGUACUAACCAGAAUCAUCCACAAAAGCCUCCAUCCGCUCGGCCGCUUCAAGGAACAUAAACGCGAGCACGAAGUGCUGGAAGAACUCCUCUCCCAGCGUCUCUUCCACGCUGCCCGGCGUGGCGCGUGGUACCAGCGCAAGGCGCUGCUGGAAGAACAUUAUAUGUGGGCGUUGACGCCUGCAGAUGGACGCAGUGAGGAAGCACGACGGAAGCUGUGGAAGCAGAUUGCGUUGAAGACUUGCGAGACUGGAUUGGAGGAUCCCCUAUGCCAUUUAAUUUAUCAUUAUGAUCUGCAGAAGCGGAUUACGAAGCUGGAGAAGGCGCUGAGGAUCGUCAAGCGCGAGCAGCAUGAUUUCGGUCAUGUUAUGCUUGGGAAACCGGAUGAGCGGACGGUUGAGGGGAUCAGAAUUGAGACGGGAGAUUCACCGAAGAAGGGGAAAGCGACGGUUUGGGUGGAUGAGAGGGAAGGGGGCGAGUGUAGGGUUGAGAGUAUGUGUUUGAGCUGGUAUCGUGAUCAUGGAUGGAAAGGGUUUCAUUCUGAGGGUGGGAUUGUUCGGACGUUGUUCGGCUACCUCUUCUACGACAUCCUAUUCACAUACGUCCCCAACGUCUUCCAAACAGCAUUCCAAACCUGCCCCCUCGACCUACACACCGAUGUCUUCUACCCAUCCCGCGCAUCAGAGAUCAACCACCGCCUAGUCGAGAUAACCAACGGCGAAGCCGAGAGGAUCGUGCGUGAGAUCCAUGCCCGCGAGGGCGCAGCGCAGCCGUGCGCCGUUGGACUGGACUGGUCCUUUGAUCUUAAUGACCUGGUUGAGAUCGUGCAGUGUUUCCGUGGCGAGGCGCUGGCUACUAUCUGCAAGGUUAUGGCGCAGGAGUAUCAGCAGCGUGGGGGUGGGAUUCCGGAUCUGUUUUUGUGGAAUUAUGCGGAGAGGACGGUUAUGUUUGUGGAGGUUAAGUCGGAGAAUGAUCGGCUGAGUGAUACUCAAAGGCUUUGGAUUCAUAUACUGGUGGGGGCGGGGGUUAGGGUUGAGCUUUGUAAUGCUAUUGCGAGGGAGGUUAGGGCGAGUGAAUAG